AUGCAGACACCACGCGACGCAGCGAUCCAAUCGGAUCCCGGAAGACGACAGUACACAACGACGGAGACAGAAGGAAAACUGGAAAACCAACAACGGCGAGGAGCACCCUCCAGUACAUCUCAAGGAGAAGGAUGCUCAGAACGAGACUCGAGGCCGGCUGGCUAUCAAGCCGGGCCAAGAAGAUACGAACAUGACUUUCCGACUGGCGGGCACCAAAGCCGGGUCGGGAAGUCAAGAAAUGCGAACAGCGGGCCUUAA